AUGUCCAAUUUUUUAAAAUAAAGAGAAUUUUAAUAUGAAGAAGACUUAUAAAAGUUUAUAUAAUCUAUUUCUAGAUUUGUGGUAAGAUUGUUUAUUAAUUAAUAUUUAGCCAACUCAAAAGAAUUUAGAUACAGCAUAAAAAGUAUAUUUUAAAAGUAUAAUUUUCAUAUUCAUAUUUAAUAAGCAUUUUGAUCAAACUUGACGUAAUGAGUAAACUAGAUACUGCAAAUUGUUGAAAUACCUUAUUUAAAGAAUUGAAGAAAAUAAAAUUAAAAUAAGAUAUAAUGAUAUGUCACAAAGAAUAAUAGGUUUAUUAUAACUUUUAAAUUCUAAUUGGAUUGAAUACAAUUUAAAUCUGCAAACAAAUUAAAACAUUUUAAAAAGAAGAGAUAAUAAGAUAAUAAAUCAAUAUCUAGCAUAGAAGUAUUUAUUUCACAUUAAGNACCUUUUAGAGAUAGAUCUAAUAAUUUAAGAGUCAUAGAAAAUAAAAUUAUAUAAAACGGAUUAAUAUUUCCAGAUUUCAUUUCCACUGAAGCCAAGGAUAUUAUUUAACUAUUAUUAAAUAAAGAUCCACAUUAACGCUUAGGUAUCUUUAAAUAAUAAUAUUAUUAGGAAGCAGAUCUACAGAUUAGAUUAAAAACCAUUUAUUUUUUUCUUAGAUUAAUUGGGAUGACAUUUUUAAUUUAAGAAUUAAAUCUCCAAUUUUAGAUGGUGUGACUAAAAUUUUAGAAUAAUAACAAACAGAAAACUAAAUUUUACCAAAAAAAAUAUUCGAAACUCCCUAAUCCUAAAUUGGAUAAACUGAUGGUUAGUUUGAAGGCUUUUCAGUUGAUCGUGAUGAAUUUUGA